AUGACGACGCGGCGGCGCGCGGCGCGGGGGGCGGCGACGAUGGUGGCGUCGACGUCGGAGGGACGAAUGGUGAUGAGUGAGUUGGAAACUUUCGUGCGCGCGUGCGCGGAGGCGCUGGGGCGGAAGGAUGGAGAGGUGGGCGCGCGCAUCGCGGCGACGCUCGAGGCGAAUUGGUUCAACACGCCGAGCGAUUUGUUACGGCUGAGCGCGGAGGAGGCGAGGGCGAUGGCGGUGCCGAUGAAACUGGUGGAUGAAUUUAAGCGCGCACUGACGGGGACGAGGGCGGACGCGCGCGGGUUCGCGGCGAGCGCGGCGACGGUUGCGCGGGCGACGGACGACGUCGAGACGGAGGCGGAGACGAGCGUCGCGAGUGAAGCAGUGAUCGAGCCCGUUUCGGCGAUCGCGACGGAGACAAUGGAGGCAUCGCCGCUCUCCGCGUCCGCGAGCGAUCGCUUGAUGACGAAGAUGCGCACAGGACUCAGCGCCGGGGUGACGCGCGUGACGCGCAGGCCUGUGUUGCCAAAUUAUCGCAUACCUCUAGACGAAUGCGGUGACAGAUUGAAGAAAGAGUUCAAAGAAUUGAGACGAUUUUUGACGGUGCGCAGACUCGGUCCUCAGGAGGGGACGAUCGCGGUCGUGACGUCGAAGAAGUACGAGGAUGUCUUGCGCGGCGCGCUCGGUUGGUUAUGCGCCGAACGCAGUUUAGAUCAGUCAAAGGUCACGCUUCGCGACCUUUUCCCAUCCGUCGAUGCCGAGAGCGCCGAUGCAGCUUUCGAAUACGUCACUUGGCUCAAUGACGAGCGACAUACAUCGGCGAAUUACGAGUUGCUCGUCACGCGUUCAUGCAUCGCCGCCGUGAAAUUUCUCUAUGGAAAUUUGAGCAAGGCGCAACCGGGAGAGGGCGAAGCGAAGCCUUAUCACGAUUUACCGAUCAUCAAGGAACUGCGACGAAUGGCCAAGGACGCCAAGUCGCGAGCGGCCAAGGCACCGAGCGUGAGCGACGAACGACUGAAGUGGCUCGAGUGGGAUGAAUAUCUCACCCUCGUGCAAAAGCUCAAGCUUGAGUGCUCGCCGAAGAAUUAUGCGGGAUAUAAGCGCUCGGCGAGCGCCGUCGCGUGGAGCGUUCAAAAGUAUUUGAUUUUUGGCAUACUGUCGUGCGUUCCAGAUCGUCAGCGGACUCUGCGUGAACUUCGCAUUGGGAAGACACUCUUCAAGGAGGGCGACAAGUGGGUCAUUCGACACGGUCCAAAUGAUUACAAGACUGGGAAGGAUUACGGCGUUCGCCCGCCGCUAGUGAUCUCACCGCAUCUCUAUUCAACUCUUGAGUGUUUCAUCGAGACGCACAGAAGAGAGCUCAAUCCGAAGCACGACUUUCUUUUCACCCGUAAGAACGGCGAACCGUUUGACGGUCAAGGCAUUUACAGACUUUUCACCUCAGCAUCGAUGCGACUCACGGGCAAGCGCACGAAUCCGCACUUGAUUCGCGACAUGGUCGUGACUCACUUGCGCGGUACAGAUGCCUCCGAGCGACAGCUCGAGGCGCUCGCGAUUUACAUGGGUCACUCGCUCCAGAUGCAAAAAUCGACGUAUGACAGACGCUCCGUUGAGCAGAAAGUCGCGCCAGCCGUCGACUUGCUUGACUCGCUCAACGCAAAGAUGGCUCUCUAG